AAGGAUAUUUUGUUCAAGAGACUUAUUUUCUAGUAGGUCAUUUCUCACGAACUAUCACUAUAAAUACGAAAAUCAAGUUCAAAAAUGGUUUACUUGCCCAUAGAAAAUUGCAACUUGUGUGCAGAUUUGGCCUCAGUAGGCUCUACAUUAGAGACUGAGCGAGUUUGUGAACAUGAACAACGUCCGUCUCUACAUUUUGCGGCUCGUCCUCGCAUGCAUAAUACUGAACGCGAUACUUGUCGCUGAGGCCAAGAAAAAACAUCACAAUGUUCCUGCUACCACAGCUGUCCACCAGGCGUCAAAACACCAAGAUAUUUCCAAAAUUAAGAACAUUCACAAACCCAAACAUCCAAAGAAGUCAAAACGAAGUACUUAUAGAAGGAGCUGGUCUUCUAAGGAGUACAGCUACAUGCCUCCAUACUUGGUGUUCAACAGAAAAGUAGGCGCUUACUACCCAUACUACGUGAAUCCCGAAAAUAACAACCGACGAAGCAUGGUUGCUAGACAAGGCUGAAAAACUAUGAAAAUUCUGUAUUCAUUAUGCAAAGGCUGAACUUAUUGGUAAUUUUAGAUAAUUUAUUAAGUUUUAUUAGUUCUGUUUAUAUUCUAACUUGAUUAAAGGGACCUAACAGUUGUACUUCAUCAUCAUCAUCACCAUCUCAGCCAUAGGACGUCCACUGCUGAACAUAGGCC